GGCUUGUACCGUUCCAUGCAGACGAUCAGAUGCAUGGAGCAGCACGUGGAUCUACUCUACAGACAGAAACUGAUCCUGGGUCCCUGCCACUUGUACAUAGGACAGGAGGCGUGCGCAGUGGGCAUUGAAGCGUCCAUAGACAAAGCAGACCACCUGAUUACCUCGUACAGGUCACAUGGCUUCAGUUUCACCAGAGGAGUGUCAGUCAGAGAGAUCCUCGCAGAGAUCACAGGUCGUAGAGGGGGCGUGUCCAAAGGCAGAGGAGGACCCAUGCACAUGUACGCUCCAAAUUUCUAUGGAGGAAAUGGCAUUGUGGGAUCACAGGUUCCUUUGGGUGCUGGUGUGGCUCUGGCUUGUCAGUAUCGAGGCAAUGAUCAGAUUUGUGUAGCAGUGUAUGGAGAUGGAGCAGCCAAUCAGGGUCAGCUGUUUGAGGCAUACAACAUGGCCGCCUUGUGGAAGCUCCCCAUCAUCUUCGUCUGUGAGAAUAACAGAUACGCCAAAUGGACGCCUAUGCAGCGAGUGUCGGCGUGUACGGACCUCUACAAAAGAGCAGACUACAUCCCUGGGCUCAGAGUGGAUGGGAUGGAUGUCCUCUGUGUUCGUGAAGCGUCAAAGUUUGCCAAAGAUCAUUGUCAAUCAGGAAAGGGGCCCAUAAUAUUGGAGCUACAGACCUACCGUUUCCAUAGACACGGCACAGCUGACCGGCACCCGAGUUAUCGAAACGAGGCAGAAGUCCAGGAGUACAGUAACAAAGACCCCAUAUCGAGGCUGGCAGGACAGGUGAUCCACGCAAACAUGACGUCUGCACAGGAGUUUGAGGAAAUAGACAUGGAGAUCAGAAAAGAGGUGGAGGAAGCGUCUCAGUUUGCUAUAACAGACCAGGAGCCUCCACUGCACGAUUUGUGUAACUAUGUCUACCACAACAGCCCCCCACUGAAGAUCAGAGGAAUUCACCGCUGGGCUACACUGGUCUCUAUUGGCAACACCCUUUAA